ACAUAUUACCAACGUUCAAAGCUGAUUUGGCUAGAACUGGAAUACAGUUGCCUACAACAUAUUCCAGAGGAAUUAGAAAAGUCAAAAUAAUGGAUAACCGAAAAGAGCCUCCAUUCUUCAAUGAAGAUAACGUGGGACCACUGUACUACAAACUUCCUUUCUAUGACACCAUGGAGCUCUUCAUAGAAACAUUGACUGGAACAUGUUUUGAGCUGAGAGUUUCACCCUUUGAAGCUGUUAUUUCUGUGAAAGCAAAAAUUCAGAGAUUGGAAGGUAUUCCCAUCUGUCAGCAGCACUUAAUUUGGAAUAACAUGGAACUUGAAGAUGAUUAUUGCUUGAAUGAUUACAACAUUUCAGAAGGUUAUACCUUGAAGCUGGUACUGGCUAUGCGUGGAGGACCUAUAAAUACUAGAAGAGUUCCUAUUGAAGAUCCACUUAGGGAGAUGGCUGAGUACAUGGAUUCCAGUCAAGAUGAGGUCUGGCAGAAGACCUCCUGCAACAAACAAGUUACAUUUUUGGUAUACCGAGAAGGAGAUCAAUUGAAUUUCUUUCGUGUAGUAGAUAGGGGAGAUGGCACUUUAACACCAUUAUCUGAAUCUUUAAGUGGUGGUUCUGUGUGUAAUGUAUAUACUGAUGAGGAUGAAGAAGUUGAGCCUUCUCCUUCUGGGCAACAGAUAAUUGAAAAUUCAAUAACUAUGAAUAAGAUGAAGCUGCUGAAGGCUAAGAUGGAGAAUAUGAAUCUCAGCAAAAAGCCUAAGAAAUCUGUCAAGGUAAAACCUCACCCACCUAUAGCUCCUCGACCUUCUAGUAGUUCCACAGCAGCUGCUCGGCACAGAUUGUUAAGAGUUCUCCCCCACAUUGGGCAGUCUUCUUUACCUUCUCCUGGGAAUCCACAUCUACCUGAAACAUCCAGCAAUGCAGUUUCAAGUCUGGCAACUCUGCCCCCUGCUGAUAGAACAGUAUCACUUGUCCCUAGUAAAUUUCUUACGGAAGAUGGUAACUGGGAGAGUAACACACUGUCUCCUUCUAAUGGUGGCGUCAAACUACCACCUCAGAUAACUCAUGUGGAGUUUGAAAAUGACAAAGCGUUUGUCGACUCUGUUCUCCAUCUUGAAUCAUCCCUACCUAGGCGGACAAAACGCUUUCCAGGAAAUUUGUCAUCUAAUAAUGAGGAUGAUGCUAUUUUAUUCCCAACUUCUGAAGAGUGUGUAACUGAAAAAUCACUUCUACCUGAAGUGGAUUUAUUUGCUUCAUUUACAGAAGGAAAUACUGAUGAACAAAGCAGUGGCUUAGAAGAUGCAUCGAAGGUAAAUCCAGACUUCUUACUCCCUACUGGUGAUAAAGGGUCAAAAACUGCAGAACAUCAUCUUAAACAUGUUGCAAGAGUGUUGAGUGGUAAAUCAGUAGAGACUACAGUUCUCAACCACCGUGAAUUAAGUCCUCAAAAGAAUAGACUCUUGUCACCUCUUCACCGUUCUACACCAAUGUCACUCCAUAAUUCUUUGGUGAAACCACAGAGACAGUCCAAACCUCCUGAGUCUGGGAAUCUCCAGUCUUCUGCUUCGCAAAAUGUGCUCCGGUCAUUGGAUGUUCGAAACAUAACUGAUUCUUCUUUCUCUAAGUCUACUCGCUUUCGAGCUGUUAAAGUUGAUUCACCUGGGAAAAGAUCCGAUAUUAUUUCUAAAGUUGAGGCUCGGGAUAUCACAGAAAUGGCAAACAAGGCUUCCAAAGAGCCUGUUGGUUGUGUAAAUAAUGCAGGUUUUCUUUCUUCGCUGACCCGUAACACAAGCAAAGAUGGGUUCCAGAGCACACGUGGGGUAGGCAAGCUUUGGACCUCGGGAAUUGGGCUGUCUACAAACCUCCAGCAUUUUCAGGAAGAAAGCUUUAGGAAAAGUUCUCCCCAAUUAGAAUCUACAGAAUUUUUUCUAUCUGCCCAUGGUAUUGGAAUGAAUGGAAAUAAUACAGCAACAGGGAAAAGAGUAGGAGAAUGUACUCAUCAUCUUCCACCUGUGAAAGCCCCUAUUCAAACAAAGAAGAAAACAACAAAGCAUUGUUUUCUUUGUGGAAAGAAAACUGGACUGGCUACUAGCUAUGAAUGCAGAUGUGGAAACAACUUCUGUGCAUCUCAUCGCUAUGCAGAAACUCACAGCUGCACCUAUGAUUACAAGAGUUCAGGGAGGAGAUACUUACAGGAGGCAAAUCCUGUAGUUAACACACCAAAACUUCCAAAAAUCUAAUUCUUGCUCUGCGCCUAACUGUUCUGCCCGAGGAAUUGUAUUGCAAUGACAGAAGAAACAUUGUUUAGACUACAUUAAUUUUGUUUGACUCCAAAAGAUUUGCCACAUAAUGAAAGCAUAUAAUGCAUGGUGUUGGAGCAUGAGAAUGCUGUUGUAUUUGAUAUCUCUAUUCUUGGGUGAAUCCAAAGUUUUUAAAUUAGUUGUAAAAACUUUAUAAUGAUUUAGCUUUGUUAUUGCAUCUCUUCUGUUAAGUAUUUUGUAUAUUUGAUAUUGCAAUUUUACUAGACAAGUCUGCAAAAUGUGCACUUUAGGAAGUUCACAUUGACUGUAACGAGCUUCCACUUUAUACAGAAAUGAGCUGUCAGGUCGUACCUCUACUCAAAUGUACCACUUGUGUGUGGGCAUUUUUAAAAAUCCCAUGUGUGAAAGUUUAUUGAGUUUACUAGCAAAUUCCUUUUUUAUUUCAAGCUACUUUUUAUUUAAAAAAAAAAAUUUGGUUUUCCCAUGUGGUUUUAACACAGAUUUCUUCCAUAUUCACAUUGGCAUUCAAACAUGUAUUCAUUCUAUAAAACACAUCAUGUUAAUUAUAGUAUAUAUUUCUUAAAAUGCUACUUUUUGAAUGGUAGUUUUAAAAUAGAAGAUGUCCCACUUGUUGCCAUUAAAUACAGAACCCAACUUUUUACUUUUUGAAAAAUGGCUACAUUUAAAACAGAAUCUCACCGCUUGGUUUGUCUUUGUGUAUGUUGAGUGCUAUUACCAGGAGAAAUUCAAAUAAAUAUUCAAUUUCAUUAUGAGUUUGAUUUUUGAUUAUUUAAAAUAAUUUUUCUCUUAUGAAUACUUUUAAAUUAAAACCAUUCAAUUAAAUAAAUCAGUAAUUUAUUCUACUUGGAAAAAAAUGAUUAUCAGUAUAAAGGUAUUCUUUUAGGGAAUAAGGACCCUGCUCUCCAGAUGUAACCAAUAUGCCAUUCACGCUUUGGGGAGGCCAUUUGCUUUAUGGAAGUUUAGUUGAAUCUAAUGGUGAACUCUGGUAAACAGCUGGCAGGCAAUCCACAUGGGGUCUGCAGGGUUACCAGAAGGCUAAUUUAGGGCCUCCACAGGGCCUCUUUCUUUAUAUAAGGUUGAGUGAACUAGAGAGUUCCCUUAACCCUUCUGUCAUGCAGGGUGGCAUGCGGCGGGGUCUCUGGUCCCAUUCCCCGCAUAAGAACGCAGGAUAUGGUGAGGCCAAAAAGGAACACCCACGGAGCCAUAGGUAGGGG